GGAAUUAUUUUUUACCAGCGAAGAAGCGACCAACUUCCACAUCCGGUAACACGGGCCCCCUCUAGACAAAAAAGGCGCAGACUGACCUGGAAAAGCUUGGCCGGCCCGGCCAUCGGAGGCAACUUACUACUUGAGACAAAUCUGAAACAAUUUGAAGAUGAAAAGGUGUUCAUCUCUUUACACAAGAGGAUCUUGUAUUUACCAAUAGAUCAUUUUGGAUAAAUUCCAAAGGCCAUCCAAUUAGACAACAGAACAAUGACUAAUUUACCAUGAAGAUCCUCAAGUAAGAAAACAUAUCCCAUUACUUGAUGUAGGAAAACAACCUAGAGUUGACAUAAUGGAUUAUUUACAGGCUUUCUGGGAUUUGCAAUAAAACAGCGACUGAACUUAAAGCGUCCUUUUAAGGAGACCCUGUAGUGCAUUACCAUGCCUACCUUGGCUUCUGCUCCUAAAGAACUCUAUCUCUGCACUUCGUUGAAAGACCUGAAUAAAAAGACCGAAGUGAAACCGGAGAAAACGAGCACGAAGAAUUAUGUCCAGAGUGCCGUUAAGAUCUUCAAGGCAGCGGAAGAAAGCCGGUUGGACAGAGAUGAAGAGAAGGCCUAUGUACUUUACAUGAAAUAUGCAACUGUGUAUAAUCUUAUUAAAAAGAGGCCUGACUUCAGACAGCAGCAAGACUACUUUCAUUCACUCCUUGGACUGACCAAUAUUAAAAAGGCUAUUGAAGAAGCCGAACAACUUUCAGAGAGUCUUAAGCUCAGAUAUGAAGAAGCAGAAGUGCGAAAAAAACUGGAGGAGAAAGAAAGACAAGAGGAACAGCAGCAGAAAAAACAAGAAUUAAAAGACGAUGCCAAAACCUCUUCAGAAAUAUCAACGGACCCCAACGGGAAAAAUCAGCUGGUCAACGGAGACAAGAAAAAUGUGGCAGACAGGAAGGAUUCUUCUGAAAAGGGAACAAUCACCGCCGAGAAGCUGUUUACAAUGAUGAUGGACAGAGGCAUCAAGGUUAUGAUCAUGGAUGCCCGGUGCUUAAAAGAUUACCAGGAAUCCUGCAUUAUAAAUUCUGUUUGUGUUCCAGAAGAAGCUAUCAGUCCUGGAGUCACAGCUAACAGGAUUGAAGCUAAACUGCCCGACCCUUCGAAGGAGCCAUGGAAAGAGAGGGUCCAUGUGGAUUAUGUUGUCUUGCUGGACUGGUUCAGUUCAGCGAAGGACCUACAAUUAGGCACAACUUUGCGGAGCCUCAAAGACGCCCUUUUCAAGGUGGGCAAGUCCAGAUUUACAAUUGGCUACUUAGCUUGAUAUAUGAGGAACCCACUCAUGAUUCUAUAGCUGAGGAUAGAAAUGUUGGAGAACAACUUGUCUCAGCUGGGAGGAGGGGUCAAGCAGGGAAUUAGC